AAAAGGGUAUAGCCCAUAAACAAAGGCAACAUGCGAAGUUAUGAAAUGAUCUCAUCUGAAAUCACUAUAAAAAAAGGAAGAGAAAAGUAAGAAAUUUCGAAAAAAUAAAAAAGAAGAAAGAAAUUUCACAUGGGGAGGUACAGUGAAAACCUGAAAUCGCACUAACAUUGACGUGGAAAUACAAGUCCUUUACCGGCGUGGCCUCCAUGUUCUACGAAUGGGACUUCUGAAGGAUGCUUUAGUUAAAAUAUUGACUCUUUUUCGUUUGUCGUUAGUGAUAUGUAAAGCUUAUACAAUUACUAAAAAGAGGACUAUGUAAUCUAAUUAAUACUAAUCCGUAUUCAUAUUAUAUGUAUAUUUCUGGAAGAAGAGAUCCAAUCGUUAGAUUCCUGGGGAACUGAACUGAAAGUGUUUGGUAAAAGUGUGAAACCGUUUGCUUUGGAAAUUGAAGCCCCCAUGUUUCAUGUCUCUUUUUUUUUCUUGUUCUCUCUCUCACCAGUCACCACAACAUUACUACUUCACUUUUCAUUAGGAAAAUUAGGAAAACCGUGAUUUCUUUCUAUUACAUAUAUAAAUACUCUUCUACUAUAUGUUUACUUUUAUAAGAUGUUACAUUCACCACAUAAAUAAUUAGCAAAACUAAACCAAAGUAUUAAUUCUUAAAAAGAUAAAAUAGUAGAACCAGUAAACUUAGUUUUACAUCUACUUUUUGUAGUUUUUUUUUCAUUUAGCGGUGUUAUCAAUACCAAAAGUGUAUACAAAUUGCGGAUUUAAAACGCAAAUCACAAAAGCAUAAUUAAACAUGGCCUUAAUGACGAUUUAAGUUAAAAGAAAGUCAAACUAGAAGUAAUAACCCCACCCUAAGGUUUUCCAAGUUGAGAGAAUUAAGAAAUCCAAAAGCAUAUGAUUAGUCAACUAUUUUAAUCAUUUAGCUUCAAAAAUUAAUCUGUAAACUAAUUAAAACAAGAUUCCAAAACGUCAUCAACGCCUCUAUAUAUCUCCAUAACCUCUAGAACCCACCAUGUCUCUCUCCAUCAUUACACAAAACAGAGAUCAUCAAACACAAAAAGAACUAGCCAUGUCUUCUUCUGUUUCCACCAUAGAAGCCAAGAAGUCAAACAAAAUCAGAGACAUCGUAAAGCUUCAACAGAUCCUCAAGAAAUGGAGAAAAGUCGCUCAAGCAUCAAAACAAGCCAACAACAACAAGAUUAACAACGAAGAAGACAUCAACAACAACCUAACCAAAACUGGAAGUGGAAGUGCAAGUAAGAGCAUCAAGUUUCUGAAGAGGACACUAUCCUUCACAGAUGUAACAGCUGUUCCUAAAGGCUACUUAGCUGUCUCGGUGGGGAAAGAGGAGAAGAGAUACAAGAUACCAACGGACUACCUUAGCCACCAAGCUUUCCACGCGCUGUUGCGUGAAGCAGAAGAAGAGUUCGGGUUUCAGCAAGCUGGUGUGCUGAAGAUUCCUUGUGAAGUUGCUGUGUUUGAAAGCAUUUUGAAGAUAAUGGAGGACAACAAGAGUGAUGAGUACCUGACCACACAGGAGUGCAGGUUCAAUGCAACUACUGAUGAAGCUGUAACUUACCGUCAUCCUUCGGAUUGCCCUAGGACUCCUUCUCUUCAACCUCACAGUCCAAUGUGCAGAUAACUUUUGUCUUUGUAUUGAUGUGUUUGUUGCUUUUAACCAUUCUUCUCCCUCUUCCCCCAUGUUCCCACUUUUUUCCCUUGGGGAUUUGAACUUUGUGUACUUUGCAACUCCGAGAGAAAAAAGAAUGAGAGAUUUUUGAAUAA